UUCACCUUACAAGGAAGUGAGUGUCGUGUCCGGGAAGAAGAGGAAAGGGGAGGGACUCCAGCGACGCCGACUAGCGUGUGUGGGUCGCUGCUGUGCUUCUCUUCUCCGAGGCUUCGCCACAGCCAAACGUUUAGUCUUUAACAUUCCGCGUAUGGACAGAUCCGCUUUGCGUAUGCAAACGAUAGUCGAGCUACGCGGUGCCGUCUUGUUUGUGCUCGUUUCGAAGACAUAAUGGCCUCGUUUGAGCGGGGCUGGGCCUCUGUUGUACGCGCCGGGGACGAGCCUCUUGCUGGCUAACGUCACCUCAAGUUGCCCGUGAACUUUGUGCCAUUUCGGGGGCAAUGUCCGGUCCGAUGUGGGCGAAAAGUGCUCCGAAGGCGUUUUUGUUUUCACUCGUCAGUUCGAGACUGAGAGGCACCGAUUCACUUUCUGGACUUCUUCCGGUUCCGAGACGCCCCAUCAUCGACAUGUCCUACUCGGCGCAUUUCAUUGAUUUUAAAGGAUCCUCCAUAGCCAGCCGCAUGAAAAAGGUGGUCGUAAACAAGCUGAGCCCCAAAUUUAGAGAAGCCGCCUCGGUGCAAACUGUUCCGGUUCCGACACCCGCAGACGCGGACUUGCUCGUCAGAAAUCGUUUUGUGGGGAUCAACGCCUCUGAUAUUAAUUAUUCAGCAGGCCGUUACGACCCGACGUUGCAACCUCCCUUCGACGCUGGUUUUGAGGGUAUCGGUGAGGUUGUUGGCCUCGGCCUCAGCGCCAGCUCCCGCUUCACCAUCGGGGACACUGUGGCUUACUUCAGCAGCGGCGCCUUUGCUGAGUACAGCGUGGUUCCCGCCAAGGAAAGUGUGCCUGUCGCUUCGGCGAAGCCCGAGUUCCUCACCCUGCUGGUCAGCGGUGCAACCGCCUACAUUGCCUUGAAGCGUCUGGGCGACCUGGCCAAAGGCGAGACUGUUCUGGUCACCGCGGCUGCGGGAGGAACGGGACAGUUUGCGGUGCAGUUUGCCAAACAGGCGGGCUGUCACGUGAUCGGGACCUGUUCAUCCAAUGAGAAAGCGGGUUUCCUGAAGUCGAUUGGCUGCGACAGGCCAAUUAACUACAAAGCGGAGGAUUUGGCCAAGACCCUGAAGACAGAGUACCCAGAAGGCAUUGACGUGGUUUAUGAAUCAGUCGGGGGCAGCACUUUAGAAUUGGCAGUGAACUGUUUAGCUAAAAAAGGCCGACUAAUAGUCAUUGGCUUCAUCUCAGGUUACCAGUCGGCGUCAGGAAUCCCACAGUUCAGAGGGGCAACUUUACCCGUCAAGCUUCUGCAGAAGUCAGCGAGCAUUCGAGGUUUCUUCCUUCCUCACUUCAUCAGCGACUACAAGGAGGCUCUGACUCAGAUGAUGCAGAUGUUUGCCACUGGCAAGCUUAUGUGUGAGGUGGAUUAUGGGGAUUUGGCUCAAGAAGGGAGGUUUGUUGGCUUGGAGUCCGUCUUCCGAGCCGUGGACUACAUGUAUGCAGGAAAGAACCUCGGCAAGGUUGUGGUCGAAGUGGUACCUCCCUCUAAUUCCAGCAGUAAACUGUGAAUGAUUUGCGCCAAAGAAAUUCUGCUUUCCCUUGGAAAUCACCAACGAUGCAAAUAUGGCAUGAAUCGAGAACGACUGACAAUGGCUAUUUUGCUAAAUAAACAGAUCAGAUCUGCAAAA